UACUAACUAAUUGUCCUUUAGGACGGAGCUCCUUGUUGUUCCUGAUGUAAGUAUCCCGAUCAAGAAGAAACCUCCGUCCUCCACCUCCUCCGACGAGCACCUGACGGAGGCCGAGGAUUCGGACUCCGAGAAUGACGAAGCGUUUCUACCUGUUGCAGCAAGCGUGGUUGUGGGACAGAUUGAGAGGAAUAAGAUUAACGUAUCUCCUACAGCAUCCCUCAGGUCUGUACUGUCACGACCACGGUCUGCACCUCAACGUCGAGCAACUAUAAGUGGAUCUCUUCCUCGUUCUCCUACUCGACCAUACAUCAACGUUAGCGAGAUGUGGGGGGAAAGCCAUGACAUGAGUUUCUCUACUAUCAGCUCCCGAGACUCCGGCAUGUCGACGAUGUCAGUAAAAGAAGAAUUUCGUUCUCAGCCCAACCCUCCCAGCCAGCAGCAUACCGGGCAACCCUCCAUACGGUCACAGGUUAGCUCCGCGCCUAAUCUGCGGUCCCGCGCCUUCUGCAAUCACAAGCUGGUUGGAAAGUCUGCUGCCAAUGUUGAGUUUAAGAACGGAUCCUUGAACAUUAAGCUUGGACAACCUACUCAUCUAGAGAUGUCGGAUAAAAUUGUUCUUAAAGUAGAACAUAGUUCAUCGAAACAUUGCUCUCCUCGAAAAGACGAAUCUGUAAAAAAUUGCGAAAGCUGGGAUUCAACUAUUUCAAGCAGAGCGUCUGUGUACAUGAACGUACCAGGGCACAAUGACGGUACAAGCAUCAAGGAAGAUAACUCAGAGGUUAAACAUGUACAACAUGUACAGGACGAGCCUGUACACCAGCAUAAACAAGGGGAAGCCGUACAAUUGCGUCAAUAUGUUAAUGUUGACUUAGAUCUAGUCAGUCGCAGUAAAAAUCCGCUGCCAAAGUCUCGAACUUCAAAACCCUCCCUAACAUCAGGACGGGGGGGCGGGGAGGAACCGCCCCCCUCCGCCUCUCCAGGGCGUAUUCCCACUCCGGGGCGUGGCAAACGGCCGGUCCCGCUCCCCCGCCGCCUUUCCGCGGUCGACCCCGGGGCACGCCCCACGGGGGAGCAUGCCUCUAUAUCUCCAGUCACCACGCCCCCUGCCACAAAGGGGCGUUACCCCGGUAGCACGCCCUCCCCACGCCACAGCUCGCAGCCAGUCAGCGGGAACCCUGGGCAGAAGAUUACUGCUACAACGAACUACAAAAGCUAUAGACGAGCAGCUCCGAACAUACCAUCGGUGUCCCCGGUGCAGAAAGAAAAUAACGCGGCCGGAAACCGCCGGCGGCACUCGGCGGUCGAGUCAGACGGACCCGGCCACGAGUACUAUACAAUCUCAGAAGGAACCGGUUCUCCAGUCUGCGACGGAGACCGUGUAGGCUGGAGCGGAGUCCAACCUUCUUCGGUCUGGAACGGAGGCUCAAGGCCGAUUCCGAGCAGACUGAGCUUUGAGCGUCCAGAGCACUAUUCUCGCCUUUCAAGUGCUUCAAGCUGUGAUUCAGGACACCCCUCCUCCCUCUCUCCAACCACUCCCACUCACGACCCUGCACAACCAUAUCCAAAGACAGGGCAGCCUGUCCUACCGCCCAGGAACUCAAUGUCGUCUUCCAAAAAUUUAAAAUUAUAAUCAAUUAAUCAAACUUUCUUAGCGGAUUUAUAUUAACCCUUUAAUAUCGAUUAAACUUACACUUUACAGUUGAUAAAUACAUUAUUACUAAAAAUA